AUGACUUUCUCCAAGGCCGCUAGCGACGAAAAGGCCAUCGCCACCAUCCGAUGCCUGGCUGCCGAUGUCGUCGCCAAGUCCAACUCCGGUCACCCCGGUGCGCCCAUGGGCAUGGCUCCCAUGGCCCACACCCUCUUCUCUCG